UAAUAAAUAGAGUGAAGCUACCCAACCGGCAGCACACGAGACGAGCCUAUAUGCUUAUCAUAAUAUGAAAUAGCAUACAGUCCGACGUGUUAAAAAAAAGUUGAAAGUGUGAAGUCGUGACUUUGGACUAACAUUCUCAGAUGGAGCUUUACUGAAAAAAUAAUAAAUUUAGAAAAAAAAAAAGAAAAAAAACUGGAACUAAUUACGUUGGACUUACAGUGUCAGUUGGGGCUCAGGAAAACACAAGAUUGUGGAUUUCCGUAUUGAGACACAAGGAAACAAUAUUUCUCUUAUUACCAUUAUCAUUUCUGGACUAUUAGGAGUAUUUUCAAGGAGAUAAAAAGAACUGUGAAAGGACAUAAAAGGCCUGCUGUAAGAGAAAGACAAUACGAUUUAUUGGAACUCUUCUGAAAAUCAUUGUUUCUAAACGAGGGGGGAAGGAACGCUUGGAGAUGGAAGUGGCCGCAGACCAGUCUCGGUGGAUGCAUCACCACGCGAUUCUGAACGGCCAGCACCCGGACACACAUCACCCGGGCCUGACACACAACUACAUGGAGCCCAUGGCCCAGUUACUGCCGCCGGAGGAGGUGGACGUGUUUCUGAAUCACCUGGACUCUCAAGGAAACCCUUACUAUCCCACUUCCCGGGCCAGAGUGUCGUACAGCCAAGCCCAUGCUCGUCUCGCAGGGAGCCAAGUGUGCCGACCACACCUCAUCCACAACGCCGGCAUUCCGUGGCUGGACAGCGGCAAGGGGGCCCUGUCCGCCGCCCACCACCCGAACGCCUGGGCGGUGAGCCACUUCAGCAAAGCUGGCCUGCAUCCGGCCAGCCCAGGCUUUUCCUGCAGCACUGGCUCCAGCGCGGCCCCCGUGUCCUCCCUCACUCCAGCGUCCCAUUCGAGCCCGCACCACCUCUACAGCUUCCCCCCGACUCCUCCGAAGGACGUGUCCCCGGAUCCCGGAGCCGCCUCCCCCUCCGCCCCCUCCAGCAGGAUGGACGAGAAGGACUCCAUCAAGUACCAGGUGUCGCUGGCGGACGGGAUGAAAAUGGAAGGAUGCGGCGCACUGCGCAGCAGCAGCCUCACUGCGAUGGGUGGCCAGACGCCCUCUGCGCACCACCCGAUACCCGCGUACCCGACGUACCCGCUCCCUGCCCCACACGACUACGGCAGCAGCAUCUUCCACCCGGGCGGCCUGCUGAGUGGAUCGUCGAGCUUCACGGCCAAGUGUAAAAAUAAAGCGCGCUCGUCCUCAGAAGGGCGAGAGUGUGUCAACUGCGGAGCCACUUCGACACCCCUGUGGCGACGGGAUGGCACUGGACACUACCUCUGCAAUGCCUGCGGCCUCUAUCACAAGAUGAAUGGCCAAAAUCGACCCCUCAUCAAGCCCAAACGCAGACUGUCUGCAGCCAGAAGAGCAGGCACUUGCUGUGCCAACUGUCAGACGACCACAACCACCCUGUGGCGACGCAACGGGAACGGGGACCCAGUGUGCAAUGCCUGUGGACUCUAUUACAAACUUCACAAUGUGAACCGACCGCUAACCAUGAAGAAGGAAGGCAUUCAGACUCGGAAUCGCAAAAUGUCAAACAAGUCCAAGAAGAGCAAGCGUGGUUCAGAAUGUUUUGAGGAGCUAUCGAAGGGCAUGCAUGACAAGGCGUCGCCCUUCAGUGCUGCCGCCCUCACUGGCCACAUGUCCCAUAUGGGUCACCUGCCACCCUUCAGCCAUGCCACACACAUGCUGCCCACGCCCACGCCAAUUCACCCCUCCUUUUCACACCAUUGACAGCAACCCCGAGCCUUGUACUGCCACUGUUUGACUGGCACUCAUUCAUUUUUGCUUCCUCAUCAGAUAUCAAAGGAGAAUUGGAAGAAGUAGGGUGAUUUUUAUUUUUACUCUGUGGAUUAAUGGAGGCAGGCUUUAUUGCAAAGGGUGCAGACUUUCCUGGCUUAGUCAAGAGGAUAAUGACUGCUUUUUUUCUUGUAUGGCAAGAAUUACAUAAGUCAAAAGGAACCAUUGAUAUUUUUUUUUUUUAAAGAAUUUUCAUCCAACUUCUUGCAAAGAUGAUUUUGAGAAUCCAGAAUGCCAUGCUGAUGGCUUUUUAAUUGUUUAUUUGGUACCAAAUUGACAGACUGUGCUGUUCUUCCCUCUUAUGAAAUGCCAUCUACUGAACUGAUGCACCCACCCCUCAUCUCCCUUCUUUUGAUCAAGGCUUUGCCUUCACACAUGUGUAUGAACUGUGAAUAUUACUGCAAAUGUAGGUGAUAAAUGAGGACAUGCCAAGAGAAAUGGACAGGAAUCCUUCACAUUGUGACACAUGAAUAUAUACAUGCUGGACUUCAUCUAUUUUUAAA